AUGACACCCCACAAGUCCGAAGAGUUUGUCUAUGACUCUGAAAGUGGAUCAGACUUCGAAGAUGCCGGGUUCGAGGCUCCUAAAAACUACACCAAAACCACUUUGCCCGAGCUUUCGACCUCGCUAGACAACAAAGAGGUUUGGUUGAUCAAAAUGCCCAAAAACUUCCCAUUGUCGAAAUUGAAGAAGUUGCCCGUCUCCUUCACCGCAUCGAGAGUCUCCAACGAAGGGGUGAAGCCGUUUGAGGUGGAUGGCGUUUCGUACCAGACCAACGAAGAACUUUUCGCUUCGGAAUCGGCGAAAUACACCAUAAUCCAAAAGGACUUGCUUAACAAGAAGAUCGACCGGUUCUACACGGUGAGAGAAGUAGUCAAGGUUCCAGAAAUCGACCUCAAGAAGGCGGUCAAGGCCAGAGAAGACGUGCCUAAGGAGGAGAACUUGAGAAUGAGACAUUUUCCAACAGGAUACUCGGCCGGCGACUUCAGCGAGGCACAACCGAUUCCCGAAUCUAGGCUAGAUGCCGACGGUAAGGUGGUCAAGAGAAUCAAGUUGGACAAGGAGGAUUCAGAAAAGAAGGAGAAGAAGGAAAAGAAGGACAAGAAAGAGAAGAAGGAGAAGAAGGACAAGAAGGAGAAAAAGGACAAGAAAAAGAAGUCCAAGUCUGAAUAG